UCUGGGUCAUCCUCAUGAAGACACAUGUGCAUUGUAAGGUAUUUAUAUGAUCAGAAUAGUUCAUAGUUUCUUUUAUUUUGUAUGCUUGUAGCAGUUUACAGGCUAAGCUAUCUCUAAGCUAGCUACCAUUGAAUUGGUAGAAAUGAAAGGUAACUGGAAGCAGAAAGGUAAGAACACGAAGAAUAAGAAGAAAGGCAAUGCCGUGUUACAGAAGUACAGGGAGGCAGUGGAUGUCUUCAUUAAAAGCAAAGGUGGCUCGGAAGAAGCGGAGAGUGACCAGAGGUUGAGAUUUGUGAAGAAGAAGAGCCGAAAGGAACUACGCAAGGAAAAGCGGAAAAUGAAAAAAGCCAAAAUGAAAAGUCACUACGAGGGCAAAAAGACCCUCUCUCUGCCCCCAAGUGAUGAAGGAAACCCGAGAAUAAGAGCGGACAAGCAACAACAACCACAGACGCAGAAAAAGAAAAUGGAGAAAACAAAGAAGGAAGGGUCGAAGUCUCAUCCAAUCGAGCCUAAAGACAAGUCAGUCAAGUCUGAGACACCACCUCCUUCCAAGAAAGGCAAGCGAGUCAAUAAGCUUCAGGAAACAAGAAAAAUGGCACUUAUGGAGGCAAAUGAACAAGAGGACAGAGAAAUAAAGAAGCUGGAGCGAUGUCUUGGAUUAAACAAGAGGAAAAACAAAAAAAGUCUCCCUCAGUCUUUUGUGGCUGAUGGACUUGAUUACAUCCUCGGGGUGCUUGACUCUGGAUCAUCAGCUGUGGGGUUGUAUGAAGAUGAAGAUGAUGAUGUUGACAUGGAAACAGCCAAAGAGAACUUUAAAAAGCUAGAUGACUCUCAGGGGUCAGACGAGGACCCGGAAGCUGAAGGUGAGAUGGCGAGUGAAGGCAGCGAUGAUGACAUUGAUAAUGACGGUGAGGAUGAAGAUGAUGACAUGUCUAAUGAAGAGGACGCUGAUGAAGAUGAGGAAAUGGAGGAUGACCAAGAGGGGCUUAAUGAUAGUGACGGGCCUGACUCGGAGGAUGAAAAAGAAGGGGAAACAGAGGAAGAAACAGACGCUCCUGAUACAAAAACAGAAACUGUCACCUCCACAAGUGGCAAGUACGUGCCACCUCAUUUGCGUAACAUGGGAGAUGAUAAACGCAAAGCUGAGCUAGAAAAACUGAAGAGGAACGUGAAAGGUCUGAUGAACAGGUUGAGCGAGCCCAACAUGUCAUCCAUCUGCGGUCAGCUAGAGGAGCUGUAUAUGAGCUCCAGCAGGAAGGACAUGAACGACACCCUGACAGAGUUGCUGCUAGCAGCCUGCGUCACCCCGACCCUGAUGCCAGACAGAUUACUGAUGGAGCACAUCCUGCUUGUCAGCAUCCUCCAUCAUGCUGUGGGCUUGGAGGUAGGAGCCCAUUUUCUGGAGACAGUUGUGCGAAAGUUUGACGAGCACUACAAGAACCCGAGUGGAGGCAAAGAGUGCGACAACCUGAUCGCCAUCGUUGCUCACCUGUAUAACUUCCAGGUGGUACAUUCCGUCCUCAUCUUCGACAUGCUAAAACUGCUGGUGGGAACAUUUACAGAAAAGGACAUCGAGCUGGUCCUGUUUGUGCUGAGGAAUGUGGGCUUCGCCCUGAGGAAGGACGAUCCUCUGGCUCUGAAGGAGCUCAUCUCUGAAGCCCAACACAAGGCCAGCAAUAUGGGGUCGAAGUUUCAGGAUCAAACCAGGGUGCGUUUCAUGCUGGAAACAAUGAUGGCAUUGAAAAACAAUGACAUGAGGAAGAUCCCUGGCUAUGAUCCCGAGCCUGUGGAGAGACUAAGGAAGCUGCAGAGGACUCUGAUCCACAGAAGCGCAGGGGGCAGUGACAUGAAGCUGAGGGUCUCUCUUGAUAAUCUCCUGGCAGCAGAGCAGGUGGGCCGCUGGUGGAUUGUCGGCUCAUCGUGGAGCGGCGCUCCCAUGAUCAGCAAGCAAGAGGACACAACCACAAAACAACACCCUGCUGAAGGACAGUUUAGUGCCAAAGUGUUAGAGCUGGCCAGGAAACAGAGGAUGAACACUGAUGUCAGAAGGAACAUCUUCUGCGUGCUUAUGACCAGUGAAGAUUACCUGGAUGCAUUUGAGAAGCUGUUGAGGAUGGGUCUGAAGGACAAGCAGGAGAGAGAGAUUGUUCAUGUUCUGAUGGACUGCUGUCUCCAAGAGAAAAACUUCAACGCCUUUUACGUCAUACUGGGAGAGAAAUUCUGCUCACAUGACCGUCGCUUCCAGAUGACUUUCCAGUUCAGCCUCUGGGACAAGUUCAGGGAGCUGCCCAACCUUUCCAGCAGCACCUUUAACAAUCUGGUCCAGCUGGUCACCUGCUUCCUUCAGAGGAAAUGCCUCUCACUCUCCAUUCUCAAAGUAAUAGAGUUUGGGGAACUAGAUAAGCCCACAGUGCGCUUCUUGCGUCAGGUGCUAACCAAACUACUGAAAGAAACUGAGCCCGAGGAGCUGGCCAGCAUAUUUGGAAGGAUUUCAGGAAUUCCUAAGCUAGGAAUGCUGAGGGAGGGCUUGAAGCUUUUCAUAGACCACUUCCUCCUGAAGAACGUCCAGUCCCAGGGAGCACCGGAGCAAGCAGCAUUGCUGUCAGAGCGUGCCCAACUCGCCACCAAAGCCAUGGAGGCAAAAGAGACAAAGCUAAAACUGUAAAACACAGAAAUGCACACAGCAAAAACUCAAAAUAUGGACUGUGAUGAAAAAACAAAACGAACUGGAACAACAGAAGACCUUCCAAUACAAAAACACAAACAUACUGUGUUACUUAUAAAGGAAACAAGGAAAUGAAGAAGAUGUGGUUAAAUCUACCAGUUUGCUUUGGGGUGUCUUUGUACAAUAAAGAAAGAUUUUUACAUUUGAAAGUUAUUGAUUCCCUCAGGCACACACCAGCAUUUAAAGGGUAAUACUGUAAUAAAUAAUUACAUAAUGUUCAUGCACUUGUAUAUUUGUUAUGAAAGAAAAUAUCCUGUACCUUCAUGUCAAAGAAAACCUCGAUAAAUUAACUUUCAACUCC